UGGGAAGUCAAUAUGGCGUCUAAUUUGAGACGAAGCAAUGACGAGCCACAUCUUAUGUGAAGGUAAGCGCAGCGUAUCACUGUUUUAUUAUUACAACUAUGAUUUAUCUUUUAUUUGAAAAAUUUCACAGCAGCUCAAGAUUACACCGGAGCAUUACAAAGAUACGAUUUUUUUUCCCAUUUUGAUUCGAUUUUACGAGAUAGUCUCGAUAAAUAUACUCCCACUUUUUUUUGUCUAGAAGCUUCCUCAAGAUUUUGAAUUAUACCAGUUUCACUGUAUUUUUAAGACUCGGUUAUAGUAUUAAGUUAAAGGAAGGACUUCUGUACUGUUUAUUCAAUUUUUUACCUUUCUGAUAAAAUGAUACUACGUAUUCUUCGCUUCGAUCGCUCACUGAUGUGAGAUUUUACUAAUACGAGACCACAGAUUUGUGUCCACUAGUGGGCAUAUAAUAAUCUUAUGAUUUUGUCAAUGCUAUUGGGAUUCGUAAAUCUAAGACAAUUUUAAAACUCAUUUGACGAACAGUAAGUGCAAGUUUGAGAUCUUUUGCAAGUUAAAUCAGCUCUAAUGAAAACUGAUUCAUGUAACUUAUAACUGAGCGGAGCUCCCCUAAUAUAAAAAGAAGAGCCGCAGUCCCAAAGGCGUUCUAUUGUCUUGCCAUUGUUUUCCUUAUCCAAGAAACUGUAUGCAUAAUUUGAAGGGGCUUUAAACAAAUCUUGCCAAAAGAGAUCCACAAUUGUGCUUGAGGUUUUGAGUUUAGCAUACAGCCUCCCAGGGUUAUUUUCAAGACUGAAAGUGCAGGUUUUUCCAGAUUAGAACUAACCUUUUUAAUCAUGCAAAAUGGCAUACAAUUUUUUUGUAGCCCUGUUUCUUGUGAUGAAGUGGUUUUUGAAUGAAUUGUUUUCAUAGUUGUAUCAUGGAAUGGGCUUGUGUGCCAUUUUCAAACCAUGCAUCAUUUUUAAAAUAUUCACAAAAAGUUAGUCAGAGAUACCAAAGUUCUAAGACAACACUUAAGAUGAGACUCAUUUUAAAGAACUUAUUUUUACCUAAAUUCAUUUCACCACUUGAAAAAUAAUUUUCCAAAGUACAAUGUAAAGAUAAGUUUGCAGCUCUAUUACAAGCAUUUGUCUUAGUUAGUCAAUGGAAAUCAAAUUUGUCUGCCUUAAAAAGUAUAUCUGAAGCCAGAGACAUCAGUACAAAUGAAGGUGAAUAUGAUCCCCUCCUAAGUUUGUGGUUUAGGAUCCUGUUCAAAUUUGAAAUUUUUCAGAGUCUAUUUCCACAACUACUUUUGUUAAUGUUGCUUGUUUAAUUGCCAGUAUCCUUAUCUAAUUUAUUUCUAACAAAGGGCUAAUGUUCAAAUGUCAGCUUUGAAGCUCUUUACAGUGGCCAGAUUACGUUAUCAACUUCAUUGAUUAACAAACAAGCAGACUCUUGUUACUGACUUUGAAAUGAAAUUAACUUUGAUGACUUUCCUUGUCUCUGACAAGUAAGAAAUGGUAAAUUUAAGAAGGUAAUCAUUAAUCCAAGAGUUCAUGCUGCAAAGUGUUGACUUUUGCUAAUUUAUGGACAAGGAAGUAGAACAAAAAUUCAAAAAAAAUUUUUGGAAACUUUGAAUAUCUCUCUGUUUUUCAUGAUUUUGUUUUACCACUUCUUGGCAAGAUUUAUUAUAAAUUUUAAAACAAUUUUUCAGAUUGAGUAGAUUUUCAUCAACACGGUUUUAAUGUCUGAUAAAGCCCUAAGUUAUGAAAAAUGUAUUUAAACCUAAAGGGGAGUUCUAUAGCUUUUGUCUAGGACUUUGGAUCAAGUUGUAGGUGAUAUUCCAGUAAUUUGUUGCAAGGCACAAAUUACUUUGACAAUGUUCUCUUCCAGGUAUGUGUGGAUGGGUUGGAGUAAAAUGUGCCUCAGCUUGUGAAACGUGGAGUUCCCCUGCUCAAAUCCUGUGAUAUUCCUCUUUACAAGAUUUUUCCCGCAGUAUUCCCAAAUUUAACUUCUGCUCCAUCCCUGCACAGUUUAAUGGGCCAGCUUAUUCAGCCAUCCGCUGUUUGUAAUUUUUAGCAACAUGGUGUCUUUUUAUUCUGAUUGUUUAGGUAUUCACAGUGGGGUAUCACCAGGGAAGGGCUGGGUGAAUUGUAACCUAUUUAAAGCUAUUAACCUCCUACACCCUAAUGUCAAGAUGCAUAUUCUCCAUUUUGUCCUUUAUACAUUUUCUAAGUUACUCUUAAGGAGAAUUUGACAAACACUCAAAGGAGUGUCCUAAGUUGGUGAUCAUUUUCUUUAUUCUUAUGACGUUUAUGUGUAAUUCAGGGGUGAUAUUAAUUGUAACUAGAAAUUAGAUGCUAGUCACUUGUAGGGUCAAAGAGUUGAAGAAUUUAACACUUGUUUUCUUUUGUUCUAAUUGUUGUGACAAUCUGAUGGUGAAGGAAAAGUGGAGACGGAAAACCUGGAUUAAUUGGAAAGGAAAUGAGAAGUUUCCUUGCUAACGAUGAAUACCACAGUCACCCAUUUCACCACCAAAAAUUCAAAUUUAAACUGUCCUCUGAGUCAUGACCCAGUAGGUGUCUGUCUGCUAGUUUCUCUUAACUUUCUGUAAAGUUUAAAUCUAAAGGUUGUGAAUUUCUUUUUCCAUUUUAAGAUACUUGAAAAUGACUGGGAACGAUGGAAAAUUGGAACACACUGUCUUCUGUCCCGAAAAAUGUUCAUUACGUCACAACGAGAUGAUUCUUGCAUUAUGUGGCAAUGAAGAUCACAAAAAACCAUCGGAUUUGUCAUCUUUAAAAGUUGCGCUCUACUCUCAUCUUCAGAAUGGAUGGAAUGCCCAUUGCAAUGUUCCGGAUGCUCUUCCAGAGUUCCGCUUCCCGCUGGUUCACUGGGCAUGCGUGUUGGGUAGAACUCAAGCUUUGAACUGGCUUCUUACAAAGCUGAAAUUCAAGGCAUUUGUGACAGUCGAACGAACCGGCGAAACGGGUUUGCAUCGAGCUCUGAGGCUACUUCAUCAAGUGGAAAGUCGCGAUGCCAAGCCACGGUCUGUCAGAUUCAUUUGCAACAAGUUUCGUUCGAUUGUUGUCAAGCUAACGGAGCAAGACCCUAGUGGCUUGUUUUUGAAAGACAAAGUUCAAGGAAAUACGGUUUUCCAUAUGUGUGCACUCUGUAUAAGCGAACAGGAAUCUGUUAGUAGUGAAUUAGAUUACUACGACAAUUGCAUGAAAAUCUUGCUCCAAUGCGUCGAUGAGCUAAAGAAUACAGAGAAACUGCCCACAGAUGCGCUGCACAGAGCCAUCAAUUCCCAAAAUGACAGAGGCGAAACGAUUCUUCACAUACUUGCACGGAACAAUUACUCCUUCCUAACGGUCAAGUAUAUCCUGUCCGAUCAUAAAGAGAUUGUGGACAGGGUUAGAAAGAACCAUGAACACAUGACCCCGCUUGACAUUGCUCGCGAUCGACAGGCAAACCUCGUAGAAAAAGAACUUGAUUCUGAAGGAGUUGGAAUAGAUCACCUUGCGCGGAAUCAUCCGGAUUUAUAUCAGCUUUAUACUCAAGAUACUAACGAUGCUUACCUUUGCGAAGACCAGUUUUCGCCUAAUGGUCAAGUCACUCUUAGCACUGAUAAUUCUGUAACCACGGCCCAAGAUUCUUCAAGGGCGUAUCCUUUGCGUUUAAGUAGCUUGGUUCAAAGAGAAGGGUUUUAUUGUUCGUCCUCUCCGCAGAGAUCUACUUCGGAGGAUAGUUCACAGGACGAGGGAGCUCAGUCUCCGUCAGUUCUUGACAGUCUUUCAGUUCCUUUGUCACAGAGUCUUGCAACGAGUACUGAAAACACUGCUGCGUAUGACAGCCAGUCGACUGUCGACUCUGAUUCGGAGGGUGGAUCUCAACGCAACAGGAAUGAAGAUGACAGCGGCGUUAUUGUAGUUGUCGACGAAGAUCCUAUACGAAUGAGCGUACAAGACCAAGGUGAUACAUGCGUUGUUAAAGAACUCAACAAUUGCACAGUUCCAUCCGUCGCUAAUUGCGAUGAAAACGUUGUCGUAGUGGAUUUUCCUUCUAGUUCAAAUUCAUGCCCAGGAAGUGUUCUAUUUCCUGAACCUGGGUUAGCAAUGGAAGAAAGAAAGGACGUGCCAGCUUUGACGGGGCGAAACGCCCAAGAGGAGAGUGCAUAUGAUGCACUUGGUGACCGUCCAUUAUUUCGUGAGAAUAAUGUGUCCAGUGCUCUUGCAAAAGUUAUUCGCGAAGAGACUGAUGUUGUGAGUAUGUUGGUGGCGAGACUUCAAGAUAAAAAGGAACAAACCCGUGUGACUUUGCGGGCAGCGCAGCGAUCGCUGAUGGAUAAACAGGCAACAGAGAUAGCGGCCACUAACAAUCUUCAGCAACUGAAAGUAGAGAUGGAACAUUUAAGAACUCAAAACGAACAUUUGAAGCGUAGAAGGGAAGAAUUGUUAGCAGAGCUUAAGAGUAUAGAGGAAAGUGUGAACCAUUUUGAAAAGCAGUCGCUUACAGUUCAGUCUAAGGUCGAAGAACAAGCUAAGGUCGUUGCAAGUUUAAAAGCAGAGCGUGAAAAGGCCAACAAAGAGUGUGUUUCUCUAAAACGUAAAUUUACCGAAUAUAGCGAAGCUUUAAAUGACAUUGGUUCCCCUUGUGAGGGGCCAAAAACUAAAAAGGAGUGCUUUGAAAAUAUAGCCUCUCAGUAACAUUGCCCAUAGCAAGCACAUUCUUGUCACACACUAGGUAUUACGAGUUGUACUGAAUCGGAAUUGUGGUAUUUACAAUACAUAGAGGUGAGAAAAUAUUAGCCGAUGUUCUGUUGCUAGAGUCUAGAGUGGUCCUUCAUCUGUAGCAUCAGAGUGUGAAACGAGACUGAACUGAUUAGCUGUCAAUUGCUCUGUUGUUUCUUGAUCAUUAGUCCUUUACACUUAAGAUCUCAGUAUGUUUAAUCUUCAUAGUGAUCUUUACAUGUUUCUUAAGGUGCUGAGAAGGAGAAUUUGUUAAAAAAAUCAAGAGUCUCUUAAGUUGGUAAUCAUUUCUUUUAUUCUUUUGACCAUAAUGUGUGAUUCAGUGAUGAUAUUGUAAGGAGAAAUUAGAUGCUAGUCAUUGGUUUUAGUCAAAGGGUUAAUACAUGCUUGUCUUUUGAAGUGAAUUGGGG